AUGAACUGGCUCAAGUCAACUCUUUCGGCGGCCGUGGGUACGCAAGAACCCAUCUAUGGCCCUGAUGCCAUCCAGUCUGUCGCUCAGCAGGCUCAGGAGACCUCCCACUCUGUCCUGACCAAGGAUGAUCUGCGCUGGAAGGCCUACCAAUACACCAAUGUCGAGACCCAGACCUUCUACAUCAUCGCCGACGACGGCACAUUGGUUAUGGUCCAGCUGAUCUACAGCAACAUUGCGGGCAUCCAUACUACCGCUCACUUCAACACGAAGAUCUUCAACCUCCAAGGCGACGGCGAGCACAUCUGGAACACGAACCCUCUCUCCAACAUCAUCUUCGACGAGAAGAUGCUUUCUUUCGCUGCCGACAACCUGGCCAUCACACUGAACGAGGAGGGCGACUCCUACUCCAUCAAGUCCACCGUCAACCCGGAUAGCGUUGUUGACCUCAAGAUCACCCGCAAAGCCCCCGGCUUCGCUGCCGGCAAGAACGGCACUUCCUACUUCGGAACCGACCCUAAGAACCCCUGGGGCUCUAUGACCCAUUCCUUCUGGGCUCGCUGUGCUGUCGAGGGCACUAUUACCACCAAGGCUAAGACCUACGACUUGGCAGGCCGCGGUGUUUUCAUCCCCGCUCUUCAGGGCAUGAAGCCUCACCACGCCGCCGCCCGCUGGAACUUCCUUAACUUCCAGACCCCCACCUUCUCCGCUAUCAUGAUGGAAUUCACCACUCCCCCAUCCUACGGCUCGACCAAGGUCACCGUCGGCGGUAUCCUCAAGGAUGGCGAGAUUAUCUACGCUGGUACCGACAACAAAGUUACCCACACCAAUAGCGAGCAGGACCCCGAGAGCGAGUGGCCCGAGCCCACCUCCAUCAAGUGGGAGUGGUCCGGCAAGUCUGCCGAUGGCCAAGACGUCACCGCCGAGGUCGAUGGUCCUCUGGGCAAGCGCCUGGACCGUGUCGAUGUCAUGGGUGAAGUCCCCGGCUUCAUCAAGACCAUCGCUGGCAGUGUCGCCGGUACCCGCCCGUAUAUUUUCCAGUACUCCCCCAAGGAGAAGCUUUCCCUCAAGCUCAACAUCGGCGGCGUCGAGACCGUCGAAGAGGGCUUCCUGUUCUCAGAGUCGACCUUCAUCUCCUAA